AUGAUACAGUUACCUCGACAUGUCAUUUUAACCUGCCUAUUUUUGGGUCUGGGUGUUAGUGAGUACGAAUAUGGUGGCAACUCCAUCCCCGAUGACGUGCCCCCUCUUGAGGGAGUUUACUGCAUGUCUGCUCCCGGUGACAACUGUCUCAAUACUUGCUUCGAUGCCGGUCACGAUUCCUGUAUGACGACUAUGGAGGAAUCCCUAUACGACGCUGCAAACGCCCUCUACGAGCUGGUUCCAGAAGGACAUUACUCAAUCUGGGAGGGUAUUUGGUCUGAGCCGUACCACCCGAUAGUUGAAGCUGACGGAACUUAUAUUGGGUGGGAUUCAGUGCCGUCAUAUGGUGGCUCUUGCACAGCGUUUCCUCCAGAUUUCACCCAGAGACGGCUUUGUAGAUGUGGAACAUUUUCAUGUGAGGACACGUUCAAGUUUUGUCGGGCUCUUACCUGGGUGUGUCACAAGUACCCUUACACCCAACGGAGCUGCCCCAAAACCUGCAAGAUGUGCGCAAACAGUGCCCGUGACGACUUCUUUGUUCCUUAAACACAUAUUCAGAUAUUGGUGGAUUGGUUGCUGAUUUGAUAAUGCAGCAUUGCAGUAUUGGAAAUAGACUACUAUUUAAAUUGACAAUAUUUAACGCUUUACCAGGUUACCUGUUAAUGUUAUAUUUGAAUAUACCAUUACCACUACCAGCGCAUUGCCAUUUAGUAAUAGUAUAUGAAUCGACGGAUGAUUUGAUUUGUUGAUCGCCUCCAGUUAAACAUUACAUGAAUUAAGGAAUUAACUUUGUGAUAUUUUAAUUAACUGCACCACUGUCGCGUUCAUUCACUCAAAUUAUUUAAUUUUUUGUACUGUAGUUUUUGAGUUAUGAUAAUUUUAAUACUACUAUACUAUUACCUUACAAAAUCAUUUGAGAGGAUGACUACGAAUGUGUUGAUUUCACAUAUUUUCACUAUGUUCAAUAUGAGAAAGUUAACAGAUCAAACCAGUGACUACGAGAGUCGAGAACCCCAACACUACGUGAUAUUUUAAAUCUUAUGAUCGCUUAACCUGUUCAGUUGACAGGAUCUCAUCGUCUGGUACCGCGGUAACGAUACCGCGGUACCAGUUUAUAUGCUAGGUAGUCGAUUUUAUCUUUCACAAUUUUCUGCAAAUUUGAAUCGAUUGGUCAAAACGAGUAAACUCGUAAAUUUACAUACCAAGUAUUCAAUAUUUUAUUAUUAUCUUUUACAAUUUUCUGCGGAUUUAAAUCGAUUGGUCAAAACCAGUUUAAAUUCCAAGUAUUAGAUAUUUGAAAAUUUAGUAAAUCUUUCAAAUGGAUAUGAAAUUGAAUUGUUGGCUGACACGAUAUUAAAUGUAUGACUAUGAUUUGCCAAAAUUGCACGCAUGUAAACAUGUGAUUUUUAUUUUUAUAAGCCAGUCCGCCACAUUUCACUUUUGGUCUUUUCGUUUCUUAGUCCGAAAAAAUAUUUUAUGCUCCAAUGAGUUCACGAAUGAUUGUAGUCGUUAUUCCUAAACAGGUUUUGGGAUUGUAUGAGAUAUUGUGAUCAAAGAUAAACUAUUUUAAUCGUGAUUAAUAUGCUGAUUUCAUCAUUUCCAGUCCAGUAUAAUUAAUAUCAUAACCCAAUACAAAAGAAUUAAUGCCGGUUUAUAUUUUAAUUUUA